AUGAUCGAGGAUGUCUUUUAUGUCAGGGAGAAGCGAUUCUCAGACGCAAAACUUGCGACUGCCAAUAAGCGGCAGUUUUCGUUGACGUUUCUCGUGAUUACCUUAGUCGCACUUUUCGUUGCGGAGUUCUCGAGUGUACAACCUACAGAUUUCACCAAGAACAACGAUAUAAAAAACGGAGGUGCGUUGCCGUAUCGACGUUAUAAGGACAGAAUCGGCUGCAUACACUUUUUAGAUAGGUGCGAUUAUAUUGUUACGCCGGGCAUAGGAGCCCACAAGGUUCACAGACACGAGGUGACAUGGAACGAAGCACAAAAGAUCUGCAUGGUUGAAGGAGCACACUUGGCAGUGUUAGAUUCCGCGGAAAAAGAAAACAAGUUUGACGAGUGGAUAAAUAAGGAGUACUUGGGAGGUCUCUGGUUAGGCUUUCACGAUCUGUUUGAAAGAGGGUCGUGGACCACCGUAACCGGCCAGUUUGUUGACAAGUUGGAGUAUAAUCCAUGGGCUGAAUCCGAGCCGGAUAUUACAGACGAAAAGUACCGCUGUGGGAUGCUCAGGAAAAAGUACGGCUUCAAUGAUGGAGCCGAGUCCAACGGAUGUGAUAAACGGUUUCCGUUCGUCUGCGAAAUCAAUUUAUGUAGCGCUUUAAAUCAGACUGUUUCGAAUGAAAAGCUGGUAAAACUGAGUUAAUAAUUCAUCUUUCAAGCAUUAUUAGUGUAUGAUAGAUAUCCCAGCUUCUGUGCCUGCCUCAAUUUCCGUGCCACCGAAUUAUAAACAUAUGGAAAAAGUAAAAUUUUGUAUACGAAUUGAGAUGAUGUAUAUUCCUUCCUUAUGCAUACCCAUCAACAAGAUUCGGAGAGUGAGGCAUCAAUUUAUAUAUAACACCUUUUCUUUGUUUAUAUAUUUUCUAUAUGUAUUCUAUAUAAAAACAUAAAAGAUACGUUUGACGAUUUUUUCAUGAAGUCAGUCAGUUUACCAGUUAUUUUAAGCGACACUUAUUGAUAGACACUCUGCUAACUUGACUGCAACGUCGCCAAUUGUAAGGGCUUGAGAAUCGGAAUAGUCGACAAAUCUGGCAAAUAUACAGUGAGGAACAAAAAAAUAUAGAAUUUUUUU